AUGGCGGGCGAAGUCAGGCAGCCGAUCAAUCAGGCGUCACUCGAGCGAUAUCUGGAGAAGAACCUACCCGAGAUCAAGCUCCCGUUAGAGCUCAAGCAGUUCGGCUUUGGGCAGAGUAACCCAACAUACCAGGUCACAGACUCUACCAAGAAGAAGUAUGUCCUGCGCAAGAAGCCACCAGGGAAGCUGCUUUCCAAGACAGCACACCGAGUGGACCGCGAAUACCAGAUCAUCCAUGCGCUCGAGGAGACCCAUGUACCAGUGCCAAAGGCAUACAUCCUCUGCGAAGAUGAUGGUGUCAUCGAAACUCCCUUCUACAUCAUGGAGUGCCUUGAGGGCCGCUUCAUCGACAACUCCGCCAUACCAGACGUGAGCGCCCACGACCGGAGAGAGAUGUGGCGCGAUGCGAUACGGAAACUCGCGAAGCUCCAUUGCGUGAAUGUGAAAGAUGUUGGACUCGAGAAGUUUGGCAAGCCGAAUGGCUUCUACAAGAGACAGCUCAGGACAUUUUCAAGUCUGGGACAAGAUCAGGGCUCUGCCAAGGAUAAAGAGACGGGCGAGGAGGUUGGACAGCUGCCACACUUCAACGAGUUCCUAGAGUUCUUUGGUCAGGAGCAGAGCCAGCCGUAUGAUCGAGGGGUUCUGUUCCAUGGAGACUACAAGAUUGACAACCUUGUUUUUCACAAAACUGAGCCGCGUGUGAUCGGGAUACUCGAUUGGGAGAUGGCUACAGUCGGGCACCCUCUAGCAGACUUGACGAACCUCACACAGCCAUGGACAAUCUCGAGAGCGACACCCUCGUGGCCACGAAAGCAUGGUGAUGAGGCAUUCCUUGACUCUUCGGAUCCAAAGUCCAAUGCGAAACAAUACCCUGGUCUGCCCACUAAGGAAGAAUGCGUCAAGUGGUACGAGGAAGAUGUUGGCUUCAAAAUUAGCGAGAAAGAUUUGGCAUGGGCAACAGCAUUUGCUCUAUUCCGAGACAGCAUCAUUUUCCAGGGCAUUGCUGCACGAUGUGCCACAAGACAGGCGAGUUCGGCGCAGGCACAAUCGUACGCGAAGGAGCGAGGACCUUUUGCAGAGAUGGCUUGGGAGAAGGUCAAAGAGGCGAAGAAUAAAUUGAGCAGUCAGUCGAAGUUGUAG